AUGGACGCCCUCAAGGCAGAGCUCGCAAAGAAAAGAAAGGCAGCUGAAGAGGCAGCUGGAUCACGUCCGACCAAAUACAUGAGGAGAGGUGACCUGGAACGCCUGAAACAGGAGGAAGAGGCUGCAAAGAAGGAAGCUGCACGAGCAAAGGCAGAAGAGGAGGAGAGAAAGAAGCAAAAGGCGAAGGAACCAAAGGCCAGCUCCAGUACGGCCACUCCUGAAGCAAGUGGAACACCAGAGCCGACGAAUCAGUUCAACAUAUCAAAUGAAGAGGCAAUCAGGCGUCUACGAGCCAAGGGCCAACCGAUUCGUCUCUUUGGUGAAUCAGACAAGGACAGACGAUUACGUUUACGCGCCCUGGAACUGAUAGAAGAACGUGUUGGCGACAAGACCAUGGGUCAAAACGAUUUUCGAAAGGCGCUUGAAGACGUCGAGGAGGAGGAGCGCAAGAAACUGGCUCGUGUCAACCAGGCGGAAUCAAGCAAGGGGAAGGGAGAACGAAAGGAUCUGGAUAUAGAAGUGGAUCUAGCUUUGAUUAAAACCGACCCAGACAAGCUUUAUCCCGUCAUUUACUAUGCUCUCAAAAAGACGCUCGCAGACUGGGCUCAGUAUAUGGACGAAAGACCAGAAAGCGUCAAACGGACCAACCAAGGCAAGAUUGCGGCAGCGGCGCAAGUACAAUCUGGCGAGUAUCUAAAGCCGCUCUUCAAGCAGCUACGAUCGCGAUCUCUCGCCCCGGAUGUCCUCGCCAAGAUUGCAGAAAUCGUCCACUACAUGCAAAAGCGACAAUACCAAAAGGCAAACGAUGCAUACCUACGACUGAGUAUAGGAAAUGCUCCUUGGCCCAUUGGUGUCACCAUGGUUGGUAUUCACGAGCGCUCUGCACGAGAGAAGAUCUCAACGGAUCUUGUGGCUCAUGUGUUAAACGAUGAAGUCAGUCGGAAGUACAUCCAGAGCUUGAAGAGACUGCUCACAUUCUCGCAAACCAAAUAUCCGCCCGAUGACCCGUCGCAACUGAUGGGUUGA